CGGGCCAUUAUAUCGAGGAGAAGACCCCCAAUCAGUGGGUCCUGAAAACGGCCUUGCUGAGCUUGCCACGAUUAGCUGGCACACAUACCGGGAAACGGCUGGGACAGGUCUUAUACAAAGUUGUUGAGAGAGUGGGCAUUCAGAAGAAGAGUGGACACAUAACCUGUGACAACGCGCCUGUGAAUGGAGUAAUGAUGGUUGAAUAUGAGGAUCUUGUGCGACUGGCUGGCGACGCCGACUUUUCCGCAAAGGAACGAGAAAUUGGCUGCAAAUCUCAUGUCGUUAACCUAAGCUCACAGAAGCUAAUCAAGACUUACAGUAAAUCGUCACACUUCGACCCAAAAAACCCAGAAGCCCAUCAUCCUCAAGACUGAGACGAAGUUG